AUGUAUACACAAAUAUUCAAGGAAAUUCUCCUUGAUAUGGAUCAUGGUCAACAAGCCAUUAAAGAUUUGGUCACCUUCUGCCAAGAAAAAUAUAAAGGUAAUAAAAAAGAACUCAAAAGUAUCGAUGAAUUUCAGCGUACUUAUCAUCCUACAUUGGCGAUAUGGUGGUAUACACGCCAAUGCUUUACAUACAACAUGCUCAAUCGAGCAUUAAGAACGCUCGAUGGUGAUAUUAUUAUCCGAAUGGGAUUUUAUUUAUGUGAUGUCCAUCGACAAAUUGAAGAUUUACACAGCAAACAAAUCAAUAAAUAUCAUGGUAAGACCUUUCCACUUUAUCGGGGGCAAGGAUUAUUGACGGCAGAUUUCGAAAAACUCACUAAAAACAAAGGUGCACUUAUUUCGUUUAAUAAUUUUUUAUCGACCAGUAAAAAUCGAAAUAUCUCUCUCGGGUUCGCCAAGGAUGCCUU